AUGGUGCUAGGAUAUUACCUGGAACGUGGGAUCCAUUCUAGGAUAUGGCGCAAAGUGAAGGGAAAUAGCAUGAAUAUAGUAAGCCUUUACAAUGAAUUACAUAUUUGUUUUGAGACCACAAAAUCAAAUGAAGCUGUGCUUCGGCAGAGUGUUAUUACUCUUCAGGAUCAGCUAUUUCAAAAAGAGCAAGAAAAUGCUAAAUUAAAAGAAAAACUUCAGGAAUCCCAAGGAACAACUUAUCCUUUACCUCAAGACAGUGAUUCAGACCACUCAGCAGAGGUAUCUCAACGGCCAUCCUUAUCGAGCUUAGAAACAUUAAUGGUCUCACAGAAGUCUGAAAUUGAGUAUUUACAGGAGAAACUGAAAAUAGCAAAUGAGAAACUGUCUGAGAACAUAUCUACUAACAAACAUUUUUUAGAGAAAAGCAUCAUGACAAGUGCUAAAGUAAAACAUAAGGAACCACCUGUGAAACAUUCAAGGUCUUUGUCCCCAACGAACUCUUUCACAGACUCAGAGGAGCUAAGGAAGCUGAGAGAAGCUGAAAGAAAGACUGAAAACUUAGAGAAGGCAGUACAACUAAAGGUGAACAUUAAAUCAUUUCUUUUGUAG